AUGUCGCAGCAGGAGAACGUCAACCUGUACGACCUGUUAAACUUAUCCAUCCGGUCACCUCAGAAGAGCGAGGUGAACUUCUCAAAGCUUCAUGCUCUGCUCAAAGGCGUCCUGAAGCAGCUGGAGGUCCUGGAGAAGAAGACCCGAUGCCCUGAUGCUCGUGAGGCUAUCAGCGAUGUCGACCAGGAACAGCGUACGGAGGAGGAGCACCGGAUCCAGGGGAACAUCUCCUCCUCCUCUGGUACCCCGGCAGACGGCCAGGGGAGGCUCCCGAGCGGCAUCCAGACCUGCGAGGACGGAGAGUCUGAGGAGCAGCAGAGUGAUGAUCAGUUGGAGGAGAUGAAGGAGCUCUGCCACCAACAGAAGGUGGUCGUCGCUCAAGCUGAGAUGGUCACUGUGGAGAAGUACUGCCAUCGUGUGGACGCCCUGGAGGAAACUUUGAGAUCCUUGAGGGACACAUUUCAGAGUUCCCCAGACCUCGCUAAGGUGUUUAAGAGUGUGACCUGGAACAUCAUGCUGUCUGCCCCGCUCGCUGGGAGGGAAGGCCUUCAGGAAGACCUUGUAAAUUCAGGACUUGAAGAUCCAUCCACACAUGAACCCUCACACACACCGUCACCUCCUCGUUCUCCGUCGACGUUUGGACAGACUCUCGAAGAAGAGACGUGCACCCUGCCGGCCGCGGAGACCUCCCAACAACAAAGUCGCCCCGACACAGGCCGGUCGCCCGCUGGUCCGCCGCUGUCGCCGAACACCACUGGCUCAGACCCCGAGACAGCAGAGGCCAUGUUGAGCCUGAGAAAACUGAUGGCGAGGUUCAGUAAACUGGAAGCUCUUGUUACAGCGCUGAGCGAAGGAAAGGUGGACAAAUCGCAGCUGACGCACCUCAGAGAGCUCAUCGACAACAAAGGUUCAGUGGAUGUAUCAAAAAACCUGACGGAUCAGCUGAACCAGCAGAGAGCUUUGAUAGACGGCCUGAUGAGCGACCGGGAAAAGAUUAUGGAGCUGGUGAGCAGCCUGCAGGAGGCGAUCCUGCUGCUCCAAGCCGAGUGUGAAAAACUGCACGAGACCACCAGGUGUCUGCAAGUGGACAACAAACAGAAACAGAGCUACAUCGAGGAACUGAGCAAAGUGACUGAUGAGCUCGGGGAGAAGAAGGCUGACAAGCUGAUGCUCGAGAGUGCAAUUAACACCGAUAAAUCCGCUCUGGACAGCAAAGUGAGCCGCGUGCAGUUUGACUCCGAGACAGAGCAGCUCAACGCGCUGUUUCACGAGCUGCUCAACAAGGUGGCAGGCCAGGAGCAGGACUGGCAUAAAGUCAUCAAAAGACUCUCCACAGAGAUGGAGUUUAAGCUGAACCGGAUCGAGUUUGACCCCUUGAAGACAGAGCUGGAAGAUCGCUGGAACAAAAUCCACGAGAAGCUGCAGGCUCAGGAAGCUCCCGACCUGGAUGACGCUGCUGCUUUGAAAAAACAACUUGUGGACAGGUUCCACUGCCUCUCCUGUGACCGGCCCGUCGUCAGAAACAGCCUCGCACCGACUUUGGUGGACGUGCCGUUCUUGACCAGUCCCCCCUCACACAAGUCCAUCUGGCCGUUUGCAGUUAAGCCUCAGGAGAAGUUUCGUCAGAACAACAGAAGCAAACAUUUCUCGGAGAUGAAAGACUACGGUUACCUGGCUGCGUCGAGGAGCUGCGGGGGGAGAGGCACGAUCAUAACCCGCGCCAUGAUGUUCGAAAAUCUGAAGAAAAUGAGAAAUGCAAGAGCCAGAGCGCGACAGAACCUCUCUGCUGAGUCAGAGCAGGAUGUCGCUGUCAGAUGUAACAGCCGUGUUUACAAAGAAGGCCUGAACGAACCUGCCAGCAGAAACUCUGAAGCUAAAAGACCAACAAGCUUUACCAAAGAAGACAAAGUCAGGUGCUCUCCGUAUCCCGAGCACUCGGUUUCCCCGGAGAUGGCAAACGGCUCACCUCUUCUUCACACACACGGCACCAAGGUCAGCCGCUCGGGACACUUUUGACUCCCGACUCCACGAAGCGCCAUGAAGCGAAUUCUGGAAUAAAAAAAAAUAGCAAUCAAAAUGAACUUUUUCCUGAGGUUUUCUUUUGAGGAAAUGGACUCAAAGUAUACAGGGAUCAGUUCUCCAUAAAGUGCAUGCUGUCCCUGCUUUACAAAGAGCUAACAUGUUUGAGAAGUCACACAGAUGUCACAGAUAAACAACUUAGCUGAAGUCUGUUGCUUGAAACUAUCAUAACCUGACUGUUGGUUUGUGUCAUCGCAGCUGACUCAGCGUUAUCUUUAGACAGACUGAAAAGGAAGCACCUUAAAUCUGCACUUGAUUAUAGUUGUUGAGUAAAUGUUUUUAGCUCCUGACUAUCACUGAAACUCCUUCUACCUGCAGGAAACGUUGCUUUUUGAUGAAUCGACAUGUGCCGUAGUGAGUAUUUAGAGCAGCCGCAGCAGAACGGUGUGUUUGGGAUUCAGUCCACAUAAACUCUGGUGUGUGUGUUUAUGGUAAUGAAGUCACAUGUCACUGAGUUCAACAGCGUGGCUCAUGUUAUAAAUACUCUUGGACGACAUGGAGCUCUAAAACACAAGAGGAAGAACAUGAUUCA